GUGAAUGGCCAGUGUGGCCGCACCGGCUUGAAGGUAUUUAACCGCUUCGGCCGGUUCCUUUUGGAGCCAUCGGAUCUCAUUUCUUCGAGUUCCCCUUAAUUCCGUCGUUUCUCCUCUGUUUGAGGCGAGAUUUCUCAAUCCAUGGCGUCGUCGCCGUCUUCUCCACCCAGAGGCAGCGAAGGCGAGGAAGAGGCGAACCUGACGCCGCUGCAGAAGCACGUCGCUUUCUUUGAUAGGAAUAAUGACGGCAUCAUCUACCCGUCCGAAACCUACCAAGGGUGUCGGGCGAUCGGGUGCGGCGUGGUUUUGUCCGCCGUUAGUGCUGUUUUCAUCAAUGGCUUCCUCAGCGUCAAAACCAACCCUGGUAAAUCUCCAUUUCCUCAUUUUCCAAUAUAUGUGAAGAACAUUCAGAAAGGCAAACAUGGAAGUGACUCAGGAGUCUAUGACAGUGAGGGGAGGUUCGUGGCCUCAAAGUUUGAAGAGAUAUUUCAGAAGCACGCUAAGACAAAUCCUGAAGCACUAUCAUCUAAAGAGUUGAAGGAGAUGCUUAAGGCAAAUAGGGAGCCCAAUGAUCGCAAAGGCCGGUUUGCAGCCUGGACGGAAUGGAGAAUGCUUUAUAAUCUCUGCAAAGACAAAGAAGGAUUCCUGCACAAGGAUACCGUAAGAGCUGUUUACGAUGGAAGCCUUUUUCUCAAGUUGGAAAAGGAGAGGCAAUCUUCCGUGAAGAAAGCAUGAUGAUGGUUUGAUAGCCAUGUGGUCUUGAUUCCAUGGAUUAUAUAGUUUGAUACGAAUAAAUCUACUUCGUGGAGUGGUUUAGCUAAAUUUUCUAGUAGAAAGAAAGAUGGUGAAUCGUGAUUCUUGGUGAAGUAAUGUUUGAAUGUACAAUUUACAUAUUCUUUGUGCUGGCACGUUUGGUAUGGUUUUAGUUCUUCCUUGUGCAGAAUCCUACAAAAACAA